AUGAAUAAUUUCUUCGGUAGUCAGCUGUCACAGGAGGAGCUGCAGCGCCUCCAGAGGUCUCAGUCAGGACAUCCUCUAAGUGCGCAGCCACCCCCCCAGUCGGCUCGAUAUGGCACAGUUCCCGGGCCUCCCGCAAAUCCAGACGUCGCCAUGAUUGGCGCCGCAGACUCCAUCGACGACAUUGUUCAAAACAAUUCGGCCGAGCUUCGUCGCCGGAGUCUACCGCAGCCGCAUCCGCAUUUUCAGCCUCACACGGCGCAGGCUGAUGCCGACCGGAGGAUGUCUAUGAUGGAGUUCGGGGGUGGUGACGGUUUGUACCACGAGUAUCGCUAUGGCGCGGUGCCAAAUUCUCCAGUCGACCCCAUGAACUCUGGGUUUCCGUCUCUCCCUGCAGAAAUAUCAGGACCCGAAGCCACUGCCGCUUUCGCCCCCCCCACCAUGCUCACAGAUGACUUUUCCAACUUGUCUCCAGACAUGAUGGGGAAUAUGAUUGCUUUCUCCAACAUGAACAUGGGACAAAUGGACAUGGGUCAGAUGGCUGCCGGUGAUCCAUCUAUGGCCAUGUACCCAGCACCAUCCAUAUCUAACACCUUCUCCCCAGUGGAUCCCACAGAUUUCAAUAUGGGUUUACAAGAUGCCAAUGCCAUGGAAUGUACUCCCAGCGGUAACGGACCUAUAGCCUCGGUUGAUGGUGACGCGACUCUCAUAGACGUGCCGCCUCAAUUCCCUCAGUCUAGUCAAACCCCGUCACAGCAGGGCGUUGUCGGCAUGGAGAGAAUGAGUGGUUACCCGUCUGGCAUCUCAUCGCAGCCUUCGGCCCAAAUGUCGGCCCAGAAUGUGGUCUCGUCAGCACCUAGCUAUCAGCCAUCACAGGCAAGCGCCGUCGGGGCGGUGAGAGACGAAUCUGUCUCGCAGCAGCAGGCCAGCCAAACUCGAAGUUUGGGACCUCAACCUAACCAGGAUGAAAACAAAACAAUUUACUCCAAAAGCGGUUUCGAUAUGUUGAAAGCUCUAUGGAAAGUGCAUACGAGAAAGAAACCUCAGGUUCACCUAGGCGCCGUUGAUAUGUCUUGUGCCUUCGUUGUCUGCGAUCUAACCCAAAAUGACUGUCCCAUUAUAUAUGUUUCGGAUAAUUUUCAGAACCUUACUGGCUACAGCAGACACGAUAUUGUAGGUAAGAACUGUCGAUUUCUACAAUCCCCCGACGGUCUAGUCGAAGCUGGAACUAAGAGAGAGUUCGUCGAUAAUGGUGCCGUGUACAACCUGAAAGUCAAGAUAGCUGAGUGCAAGGAAGUUCAGCAAAGCUUGAUCAACUAUCGGAAGGGUGGUAAGCCAUUCUUAAAUCUAUUAACCAUGAUUCCCAUUCCUUGGGACAAUGAGACCGACUUCAGAUACAUCAUUGGCUUUCAGAUUGACUUGGUUGAAUGUCCGGAUGCGAUUGCUUCAUCUCAAGGAUAUGGCACGAUGAAGAUUGAUUACAAACAAGGCGAGGGUAUGACACAGUACAUUUGGAACCCCCCUCCUUCUAGUCAAUGGGAACCAGAAAAUGGCCAGACACUUGGGGUUGAUGAUGUAUCCACCCUUCUGCAACAGUACAAUCCGAAAGGGACCGGCUCGGACUGGCAUAAACAAUCCUGGGACAAGAUGCUUCUGGAGAACGCUGACGACGUAGUUCAUGUGCUAUCCCUCAAAGGCCUGUUCCUUUAUCUUUCACCUUCCUCCAAGCGGGUUUUAGAAUACGACGCCGUGGAACUUGUGGGAACUUCUAUUUCAUCAAUCUGCCACCCAUCUGACAUUGUUCCUCUGACGCGGGAGCUCAAGGACACCACAUCCGGAAAUCCCGUCAAUAUUGUGUUUCGGAUACGUAGGAAGCAGAGCGGCUACACCUGGUUUGAGAGCCACGGUUCUCUAUUCGUCGAACAAGGCAAGGGUCGGAAGUGUAUCAUCUUGAUCGGCCGCAAGCGACCUGUUUUUGCUCUCAGUCGACGGGAACUUGAAUUGAGAGGAGGAAUUGGAGAUGGUGAACUCUGGACAAAAUUGUCGGUUUCUGGCAUGUUUCUCUUUGUUUCCGCCAAUGUUCGGUCGUUGCUAGAUCUACAGCCCGAGAACCUGGUAGGAACGAGUAUACAGGAACUGAUGCGCAAAGAGUCGCGUGUUGAGUUUGGUCGAUCUAUCGAAAAAGCCCGCAGAGGGCGGACGGUUACAUGCAAACACGAAGUACAAAAUCGACGUGGUCAGGUGCUUCAAGCCCAGACGAUCUUAUAUCCGGGUGAUGCUUCAGAGGGUUCCAAACCAACUUUCCUAUUAGCCCAGACAAAACUACUCAAAGCGUCUUCUCGAGGUAGCGCGGGGAGUGCGCCCCUCACAAGUAGGGCGGGUCUAGCAGCUGGUCAAACACCGGGUGAACCUAGGAUGGCAAAUUUUGCCGUAAUACCAGGGGUUCAAGUUGGUGAUGAACAACAACCCGCUGAUACCAAUACGACUCCUGGCAACCAGGAUCGAGCUCUUGCAUCCGAUGACAACAUCUUUGAUGAACUCAAGACAACACGGUGUACAAGCUGGCAGUACGAAUUACGCCAGAUGGAGAAAGUUAAUCGAGUUCUUGCAGAAGAGCUUCAUGGACUUUUAUCGAACAAGAAGAAGCGCAAACGAAGAAAAGGAGUGGGUAAUGUCAUCCGAGACUGCGCUAAUUGCCAUACCCGCAACACACCGGAAUGGAGGAGGGGCCCAAGUGGCCAAAGAGACCUGUGUAAUAGCUGCGGCUUAAGGUGGGCGAAGCAAACCGGCAGAGUCUCGCCACGAAACUCGUCUCGCGGGGGCGGUGAUACGGCAAGUAAAAAGUCUAGCUCACCCGUCCACGCGUCUCCACUUCACCAAGAACUUUCGGCUGGUGAGGUUCAGAGGCGCCCUUCUGAAGCGAAAUCCACCCCAACCUUAACACGCUCUUCCACAAACUCAAGCAUGCCCACAAGGUCUAGUAGUACUGGCGUUACCCCUCCAGCCAUUAUGGGGAUGUCGAUGCCCCCACCUAGUCAACCUCUUCUAGAGGGCGGUGUGAAUAGUAAUGAGAUGACGGCCAUUCAGGAAGAACGAGAGGUCUCUUGA